GACGAUUCAGUGAUGUGAUUGGUCGGAAGUUGUAACGUCUCCUCGUGUGUUACCAUGGUGAUCUCUCCUGUUUAAAUUGAGCCUUUGUGUUUACUGAAAAUAACACCUAGUAAACUAACUUUGUGUCGUGUUUCGAGCAUCAGCAGCAGCAGGAUGAUAUGACCAUAUGGACAUGACAACAACAGACAUCUCGGUCAACAUGGAGGAUUUUUUCAAACAGGUGGCCGAGGUGAGAGAUGUCAUCGAAAAAAUUGCCCGUCAGACGGAGGAGAUGGAGAGAAGACAUGGUGCCAUCCUGUCCUCUCCAAACCAAGGGAAGGGAAGCAAAGAUGAACUGGAGCAGCUGAACAACGACACCAAGAAGAACGCCACUUUGGUCCGAGCCAUGUUAAAAUCAAUGCAGACAAACUGGCCUGCGGAUAAGAACGGCAGAGAUUCCUCAGUAAUCCUACGAAUUAGGAGCAACCAGCACUCGCACCUGACUCGGUGGUUCGCUGAAGUCAUGAGGAGCUACCACGAGGCACAAAUCUCCUUCAGAGAGAAAUGCAAGGCGCAGAUUCAGAGGCAGCUAGAGAUCGUGGAUAAAGUUACUACAGAUGAAGAGUUGGAGGAGAUGCUGCACCGGGAUGAUCUCACCAUCUUCAUAUCUGAUAUCAGCUCUGGUACUCGUAUUUCCAGCCAGGCUCUGAAUGAGAUUGAAUGUCGACAUCAGGACAUCAUGUGCCUCGAGUCCAGCAUCAAAGAGCUGCACGAGAUAUUUCUGGACACCGCCAUGCUGUUAGAGAUUCAGGGGGACUUAAUUAACAACAUAGAAAAGAACGUCAUGAGUGCUGCAGAGUAUGUAGACGCUUCUAUAACAGAAACCCAGAAAGCGGCCGAAUACAAGAAAAAUCCUUACAAGCUGGCAUUCCUCCCAAACUUCUUAAGACGGUCCAAGAGGAAAGAUCUGCAGCUUAAACCGUGACUCACCUUCUGACCUGUUUGAACACUGACUGCACCUGAUGUCCUGAUCAGCAUCAAAGCCUGCGUCCGAUGGGAGUCACUUUCAUCUGAUUCACGCUGCCCGUUUGCCCCUUCAGCUUCUUCCUAAAGGAUAUUGAUGAAUCUGUUUUUAGCUUAAUUGUGACCCGAAAAUCUGCUGUCAAAUGAAAGUGAAGAGAAGCUGUGGACAACCCUUAUAGGUGGAUUUUGAAGAGGACAAAUGCAGCCACAGGACUUGAAAAUCUAACCCAAAAAAAUGAUUUCGACUUGUCAAUCAAUGCUUACAGACUCAGUCCUUUUAGUGUUGGUUCCAAACAUGCCACAGAUCUCAUUAUAGUUCCUAAAUUUGUUGAGACAAUCUUAUAUUUUUAUGCAGAGCGACCCAGGCAGUUGGUGGCACUGCAACAUUAUUGUAGCUGCAGCUUUGACCAGCUUUUACCUUCCCUCCUCUCUGCAGUGAUGCUAAACUCUGGUGCUUAUUAUUUGUGGUGCUCGGUUGUGUGCUUUUUUUUUGUGCAUUCUGCUAUAUAAUGGAACAUUGUGUUAUCUCUACAGAUAAACUGCCCAAAUAAACCUUUGAUUAAUGAUGCAGAACAUAA